UGUGAUGGGGAAGAGGGGGUUCCUCAUCCUUCUGCUUGCAGGGUUUUGUGUGCCUGCGUACAACCAGAUCAGAAAACACGUGUUUGUGGAAACUGUGAAGAGCUGGUCUGGAGCUCAGAGCUACUGUAGAGAGAAGCACACAGACCUGGCCACUGUGCGCAGCCAGGAAGAAGCAGAGCAGCUCUUAAAUAUUGCAGGAGCUUCUCUCGGGGAUUACUGGAUAGGGCUGUAUCGUGAUGACACACAGAACUGGCAGUGGUCUAAUAGCGAUGAUGUCAUCUACUUCAACUGGAGGGCAGACGUCUUCUGUGCUUCAGUCAAUUCAGACGGAAAGUGGAUUGAUUUACCCUGCCACCUUCAGAAAGCCUUCAUGUGCUACAAAGAUCCAGGAAACACUGAGAGAUACACCCUGAUUGAAGAACUGAAAACCUGGACUGAAGCUCAGCAGUACUGUAGAGAACACCACACCGACCUCGUCAGUAUAAAGAACACCAGUGAAAAUGAAGAAAUAGUGAAGAAAGUGCAGGGCAAGCCCUUCUGGAUAGGCCUGUUCAAUGAGCCCUGGAAGUGGUCACACCAGGGGGAUAGCUACACAUUUCACAACUGGAACAAUGGGCAACCAGACAAUAGGGGAGGCGAUCAGAACUGUGUGAUGAUGAGUAAGACUGGUGAAUGGUUUGACUAUGACUGCAACUCUCAGUUAGCCGCCUUCUGCUGUGAGGGCGGCUCCUCUGGUCAGUGUUUCUAUGAAGGAACUGGGAAGACAUGGCAGGAAGCUCAGAGCUACUGCAGAAACCAAGGCAGAGACCUGCCCAGCAUUCAAGACCAGGCCAUGGUUAAUAAGCUUAUAAGUCUUACAUCUUUACUUACUAACUGGUAUUGGAUUGGGCUGUAUCGUGACAAGGAGAACUGGCAGUGGUCCAGUGGAGGUGAUGUCAUCUGCUCCAACUGGGAACCAUACCUCUUCUGUGCUUCAGUGAAUUCAGAGGGAGAGUGGGAGGAUUCAAUCUGCAGUCAGGGAAACUAUUUCAUGUGCUACAGCGGCAAUCUUAUGACAUACGGGUCUCGCACCAUCACCGUGUACAAUAAGACUAUCACUGAGAGAUACACCCUGAUUGAACAACUGAAAACCUGGACUGAAGCUCAGCAGUACUGUAGAGGACACCACACCGACCUCGUCAGUAUAAAAAACGCCAGUGAAAAUGAAGACCUAGUGAAGAAAGCGCAGGGCAAGCCCUUCUGGAUAGGCCUGUUCAAUGAGCCCUGGAAGUGGUCACACCAGGGGGAUAACUACACAUUUCACAACUGGAGCAAAGGGGAACCAAACAAUGGGGGAGGGGAUGAGAACUGUGUGUUGAUGAGUAAGACUGGUGAAUGGUUUGACUAUGGCUGCAUCUCUCAGAAGUCCUUCUUCUGCUGUGAGGGUGAGGACCCUGUUCAGACUGUGUUCUCAUUUACUUCAGUGUGUACCUUCAGGUUCAAAGAGGGAAGCAUGAUUAGAUCUUCAAUAAGUCCUGGUGGUGACAAAUCUAGCAGUUUCCACUUUGAGAAUCAAUCACAGGCUCCCUGCUCAGGCUGGUGGGAUGGUCAAUAUCCUUCCAGAGGUAAUGGGGUGAUGUGGAUUGCAGCUAUCAGUACCCCUUGUUCUGCUGUGGUAUCAGCACCCCACCUGAGCCCUGCACUUAACUCACAUUCUGUGCUGCACGUUACAGACGACGUGGAUCUUAUUGUUUUACGCAGUCCACUCCCUGAGGAGCUCCACCUGAUCUCUCACAGUAUGGUCUGGCCGGAGGCUUGGCAGUACUGCAGGGAUCGCUACACUGACCUAGUGAGCCUCACAAGCCUGGCUGCACAGAACAGAGUGUCGGAGCUCGUCAGGAACAGCACUGCGUCGCGAUUCUGGAUCGGACUGCACAGAACCGUUGUGUAUGAUAAGUGGUACUGGGUUGCUGGUAAGGAUAAGAAGGCCCAUCUAAACUACACUAACUGGGCCCCCGGGGAGCCUAACAAUCCUUACUAUGAGCACUGUGGGGAGAUGGUGCUGCGGGAGGAUGGGGGGGCUGAGUGGAAUGAUCUGUGCUGCUAUGAACAGCUCCCCUUUAUCUGUUUCAAAGAUUAAAAACAUCCUGAAAAGCUUUUACAGCAGUGGCUCUCAAACUAUCUCCAGCUGGGACCCCUUUUAAAGGCACUUUAGUCUGAAAAAAAACAUUUACUAAGAAAAUGAAAUAUCUCAAUCUAAAUUGUGUGAACAUAGAAUGUGUGAAUAAUAAAGCAGAAAGAAAUCUCGUAUCUGACAGAGUUUGCAAUGCCAUGUCUGCUCUAUAAAGAGCUGCUGCAAUGCACUGCAGUCAUCGCGGAUGGAAGGUCUGCUUGAGAUGUGGUCAUUAAAAACCUUUCUGUGACCCCCAGGGGGUCCCAACCCCCAGUCUGAGAACCACUGUCUCCACAGAACCCAGAGCUUUACUAUAGGAGUAGUGCAGCAAAAUACUACACAUUCCUAUCAAAGAGAAUCCUCUGUAGCAAUCUUUAAUGAUCUACAUCACUGUGAUAUUCCAUUCCGUACUUGUUUAAUAUCCUAUUGUGUGUGUGUUCUGUGCAAGGCUCGAAAUUAACACACAUUUAGUAGCAUUUUGCUACCAAAACUCUUAAUUUGCUACUAGUUUUUUUAUGCAUUAGCAUUUUUCUGAUCCCUUACGCUGCAGUUUAUAUGACCGACCCUGAGUGAACAGCAACACAAUUACCACUAAUAGUUUUUUAAACACGUACAUUACUAGCAUCUUUCAUAAAGCA